AUGGAGAAAAGGAUGGACCAUGGCGGCCGAGAUUCUCAUAAUGAAUCAAAUCACGCUGAAGUCUUAGGGGAUGGCCGGGUCAAUCUCGGUCUGCGACACGUUUGGCGUGUAUCACAGGAGCUGCCCUUGUUGGAAGACCAGAGUAUGAAAGAGACCGGCAAUAUCAACGUGACGCCACCGCAAAUGAGCAUAGUCAUCCAGGUCGUUGGUUCACGGGGCGAUAUCCAGCCAUUUGUCGCUAUAGGGGUAGCCCUGAAAGAAGCAGGCCAUCGUGUCCGAGUUGCAACACAUGAGACAUUUCGUUCCCUUGUCCAGGACGUCGGACUGGAGUUCUUUAAUGUCGGUGGCGAUCCGAGAAAACUGAUGGCAUACAUGGUCAAAAACCCCGGGCUUCUUCCUAGCAUGAAGAGUCUUCGACAAGGGAGUAUUCGAGAGAAGAGAGACGACAUGCGCGAAAUCCUCGAGGGGUGCUGGAAAUCAUGUUUCUUGCCUGCACCUGGCAACCAGGAAGCAACACCGUUCCUUGCCAACGCCAUAAUUGCGAACCCGCCUUCAUUUGCGCAUGUACAUUGUGCAGAGAAACUAGGGAUACCACUUCAUCUCAUGUUUACAAUGCCGUGGUCGCCAACACAAGCAUUCCCUCAUCCUUUAGCCAAUAUCGGGUCCUCUUCACUAGAGACGAAGAUCACAAAUUACCUUUCUUACAUCCUGCUUGAGGAGUUAAUUUGGGAAGGCCUAGGGGACACGAUCAAUUCAUUUAGGCGCAAGACUCUCGGUUUGCCAACAAUCGACAGAUCGUCAGGGCCACAUUUGGUAUCACGCUUGGGCAUUCCACAUACGUACUGCUGGUCGCCAGCAUUAAUUCCAAAACCUGAAGAUUGGGGUGCACGGAUAUCAGUGUCAGGGUUCUAUUUCUUGCCACUAGCUUCCGAAUACACCCCUUCUGAAAGUCUGCAAGUUUUCCUUGAUGCGGGGAGUCCGCCAAUUUAUAUCGGAUUUGGAUCGAUUGUCAUUGAUGAUCCGAAAUCACUCACCCUGCUACUGCUUGAGGCCGUGAGACUCGCCGGAGUGAGAGCCGUCAUUUCAACUGGCUGGAGCGGCUUAGGUGAUAUGGAGAUGCCACCUGAAGUACAUAUUUUAGAAGAUUGUCCCCAUGAUUGGAUCUUCCAACACGUUUCCUGCGUGGUACAUCACGGGGGGGCUGGCACCACAGCAGCAGCGAUAGCAGCUGGGAAGCCAUCGGUCGUCGUGCCUUUUUUUGGAGAUCAACCAUUUUGGGGCAGUAUGAUUGCGAGAGCGGGGGCAGGGCCAGAGCCAAUACCCUUCAAGAAGCUCACAGCCCCCAGUCUUGCGGCCGCAAUCAAAGUCGCACUUAACUGCUGUGUGCGGAAAACGUCGCAUUCCCUGGGGGGCCUUGUCAAUGAUGAAGACGGGGUUCAAUCUGGCAUACGCUCUUUUUACCAGCAAUUAGAUCUGUCAAUGUUGAAGUGCUCACUUACCCCAAUGAGUGCGGCGACAUGGCGAAUUCGCAAGACCGAGGUCAGACUCGGCUCAACUUCCUCCGCGCUGUUAAUGGAUAUGGGUCUGCUUGAUCUGGACAAGCUUGAGCUUUACAAUAUUCAUGUUGGACCUAGGGAUCCUGUAUCUGGCAUCGCUCUGGCUAUGCUUGAUUCAGCAGGGUCAGCUAUUAAAGGUUUCGGGGAGAUUGGCUCUUCCAUGAGUAGAGAGUUUAAAAAGAAAACAUCCGCCCCAGGAUAUUUCAAUCAAUUCAGGGAUUCGAGAGCUGGCACUUGCCUGAAGGGCAUGAGCCGGGCCUCAUCAAGCCUGAUCUGGGGAGAUUGUACAGUAAGACCUCUUGAGGCAUUUUGCGAUUUUCCCAGUGGGGUGAAAGCUGGUGGCAAAGAAAUGUACUUUGGUGCCUACGAUGGCGUGACAAGCUUCGGCACAAAUCUUGUGUCACGGCGCCAUAAUGCGCUGAAGGUAUUAUCCGGAAUUGGAUUCGACAUACUGUCGUUUCUUUCCAAGGCAACAUCUGGGCUUUCGGCCAUCAUAACCUAUCCUCUGUGGGGCCUGGACGCCGAAGUCUCUCAGUAUUUUGCCCGGAGAUACGUGUCAUCGAUGGAUGUUCAGUUGGUGGAACAAGGACGCAGUGAAUAUGCUAAACUGAGCGACGAGGAGCGCGCUCACAUUGUUCACCAAUUCCAAGAAGUAACCUCGGAUAUGAAGAAAAAUCGUUUGAAAAACAAAUUUGGGAGGAGUAAAAAGGUUGAAAUGAAAAAAGAAGGCUCAAUAGGCAAAGGGAAUUUGACUCUAACAUAA